AUGCAUUCGUUAUUAAUUCUCACUGCUUGGAUUGCACAAGUUCUCAUAUGUUUUUAUUAUGUACGUUUAUUACCAAAUGCAUCGAUUCGAUGCAUAUGGGUACUUGUACCUUGUGUAAUAUUAACAUAUCUAACCACUUAUGAUCUUCCACGACGUUCGAUGUCAUCUAUGUUAUUGGGAACAUACUGUUGGUUUGCGUCAAUACGGCUAAUUCAUUGGAUUGUGAUGUCUCCUAAUCAUUAUAAUACAUUGAUUCCUUACGUUCGCAGAUUACUUUGGAUGUUCUUACCUGUUGUUCCCUGUACGGAAGAUUAUCGCAAACAAUGGCCUAUUCAUAAUGACUUUCUCAUGUCCGCUUUGAAAAUCAUCAUCAAUCAUUGGUUAUAUCGUUGGCUUCUAUCAUGUUCUGGAAGUGAUAGUUAUCCUCGAUUACUGAUGUUUUUCACAUUUGCAGUCACCUACACAUUUUUCUCAGAUUUCGUAAGUGGGAUCAUCCGUCUCGUCACCGGCGAUAAAUAUCGACACACUACAACGAUCAAUUUCCCGUUUCUAGCUCAUUCAUUGCGCGAUUUCUGGGGUCGACGAUAUAAUCAGCUUGUCAGUAGUGUUUUUCGUGAAUCAAUAUUUCAACCUGUUCGCCAAUGUCUAUCUUCUGCAACGCUUGCUUCUCUGAUUGUUUUUCUUGUUAGUGGUCUUCUUCAUGUGCAUCUGGCAUGGUUGGCAGUUCAUGAUUUACAAGUCGCUCUAGCGGCUAUGUUAUUCUUUGUUAUACAUGGUGUCGCUUGCGUAAUAGAAGCUCAUUUACCAUUUCGUUUACCGGUACUGGUCUCAUGGUUCUAUACGCAAAUCUUCUUACUUGCCACAGCAUCUCUCCAGAUUGGAGUAUUUGUUAAAGCAGGAUCUGACUUUUUUUCUGAUAAUGCGCCACUUUUCUUCGAUCAAAAAUGGAUACCAAAACUACCUGUACCAAAUUUUUGCCCCAAAUGA